AUGAGCGUCGAACCACCCAUGCUGUCAAGCAACAUUUUAGCGGAUAUAAUAAACCCCUCAACCUCCUACGGGCCAUCAAUGAAAGCCGGAAGAAAGUUCUCCUCGGCGACAGACGAGAGCACCAUCCCCGCCACAAUGCAAGCCCUAUACUACUCGCCCGCAGCAGCACUCAACAACAACACAUACCCAACAACCGACUCUCCACGAUUCAGAGAAGAUAACACCCCCAUCAGCCCAAGAUCCCAAUAUCUAGCAUUCAAUCCCAGAGCCGAAUCGAAUCCGUUUACGGAAGAGAAGCGCAGCCUCAGCCCCGGAAUGAGUCCCGACACAAGAGCCGCCUCGGUCACGAAUCCAAAGGCAACUGCAAGCCCACUCCCAAGUACCAAGCCUGGUCCAGCGGGAGAACUUAUUUUUGAUAAGUCCUUUCCAACUCCGCAGCCUGCAACGCAUCAGUACCUACUGAAAGUGCAUACGGCAGCUUUCUGCCAGGAUGAACUUCGUCUCGCUACGGAGCUCAACCCUCCGAAGACAACGCCGCAGAUUCCUUUGCAUAGUUGUUGUGGUACAGUUGUCACGACGCCCCCGCAAGACCCUGACCGGCCCCUUGGGCCGAAGUAUAGAAUUGGCGACGUGGUCUGGGGUCUUCUGAGCUAUGCACGCGAUGGCGCAGCUGCGGAAUAUGCCGUCGCGGAGGAAGCUGAAUUGGCGCCGCGACCGCGGAAUAUUACGUCCGCCCAAGCGGCUGCGUUGGCUUUGCCGUCUUUGACAGCUUGGCAGGCGCUUUUCUUGGUUGCGGGGAUAGAUCCCGAUACGCCUGUUGAUGAGAAUGGACAAAGUGGUACUGAGAACAUGAAUAGGAAGAUCAGUGGCGCCAGUGGUAGGAAGGGAAGUGGUCAGGCUAUAGGGUAUGGAAAUGGUGGGAACUUUGAGUCAAGGGAGAUGAUACCGAGUCUCAGGAGCCCCAAUAGGGAUAGUGAAAGUGAAGGACGCAAGUUCAGCCUUUCAAGCCUCACUGGCUUCGGCAGUGGUGAGGGCGGACGCAAAUUCAGUCUUGCCAGCCUUACUGGUAGGGGCAGUUCUAGUAGCAGUGGCAGCGGCAGUGUUGGUGGAGGACGCAAACUCAGCAUGGCGAGUAUCGGCAGCAUGGCCGCCGCCAGCGGACGCAGAUUAAGUAUGAUCAAUGCCACGGGUGGUGGCAAUGGGAUCGGUGACGCGCUCAAGAAGAAAAAACCACUGCGUGUACUUGUGACCAACGCCCGAGACAGCGAAGUUGGUCGUGUAGCAGUGCAACUGCUACGAACGGAUAAGAUAUUUUCGCCUAAGGUCCGGCCCUGGAUUUGUGUGACCUGCACGGUAGCCGAACAGAUCGCGAUUCGUGAUGACUGGAUGGUGGAUGAGUCGCUUGUGAUCCCGCACCUUCCUACGAAAGAAGAAUGUGAUCUUGGGGCUAUGUUCCGGUCUUGCAAAUGGGAGCCUGUCGAUAUUGUGCUCGAUUGUACGGGUGGAGAGGUGUUUCGACAAGCUCAUUCGAAGGAUGUGGUGAGAGACGGUGGGGCUGUCUUGACGGCUGUGGAUCCUAAGCCUAUAAAGGAUUCAUCUCAUGAACAGGAGAUAAUUAAGCAGCGGAAGCGGGGACUCAAGAGUCGGUUUGUUCCUGUGAACCCUGAUGGAGCGGCGCUAAGGCGGAUGAAUGAGUUGGUGGAGGAUCGGGUGCUGAAAGGACGAGACGAAGUUCAAGUUGAUUUGAUCAAUGCGGCGCGAUUGCUCGAAGGCAAAGCUGCUGGUGCGGCAGGGAGUCGUCGUGGGGAAAUGAUGGUUGUUCGUGUUAACCUUUUUUGUUAA